AUGGGCAGAUCCAAACCCCGCCAGCAAAACUUCCACCUGGAGGAUCUUCCAUGGGAGAAAAGACUCAAAAUCACCCUGUACAAUGAAGACGACUGCAAUGGCGCGAUUCGCGGACAAAAGAUUCCCGGUGGCCUCGGACUGAAAGUCCAACGCUUCGCCGUGAUCCGUGGCAUUCGACACCACGAUGGUUUCGCCCACGAGUUACGCGGUGUCGCACCGGAAUUCACUCGUGCACUCAACGCGCGUGCAAUCAUGAGCGGAGUCAUCCCGGAGAUCAAUGACUCCUCCGAGAUACCCUAUUGCAUCUGGUACCCGGAGCCUCCGCCCCAGGAGACCCUGCGCAAUCUGGUGAAGCGUUAUCCCAACAUGAUAUAUCACGCUGCUCGCGCCUGUGCCGUGGCGGGAUAUUUUGAUCUUUACUCGGAGCUUCAGGUUCUUCCCGAGGUUCAUGUUGCCGCCGAAGCUCGCGACGCUAGCCUGGCAAGGAAGAACAAAGGCAGCGAAGCAAUAUACGAGCAAAUAAUGUCGAAGCAUUUGAAGUUCGAGAUAAUGAAUGAUUAUGAUCGAUCCGUCAAUCUUGAAAACCCGCGUCCGGCACAUCUAAAUGGAGAUACGGCGGUUUUUUCCGAUCUUACUGCCCACAUGCUUCAUGCAGGAGUGGACAACAGCAGCAAACUUGGCGUCAAUCUUGUUGACUACAUCGAGUGGGAUCCGAAAGAGUACAAUACGUAUAGCCACUUCAACAUCACUGAGGACUUGGGAGUCGACGAUCAUAGUUGCGGUGCGCCUGAGCCUUUGGCCAGCUUUUGGCCACUUCUGUAUUCGCCUCUCCCGACAGACCUUCCACCAGUGAAUAAAGACAACCUGAUCCUAUCGGCUGCAUAUACAGGUGACGUGGAUCGAUAUGUACGCCUUCGACGCCCACAGAUGAUCGAACAAGAAUUCCACGCGAUCAUUCUGGGGAUAUACCAUCACCCCCUUUGGGCGCGAUGGUGGAGCACACAGGUGCCGGAGGUUCCCGAAAGCAGAGAGGACGUAUCCAUACGGCGCGCAGUUAAUGUUCGACGCAUCAUCAGUGACGAUAUCACUUGUAUCACACCUGAUACCCCAGAAUCGCUGGUUCCUCGCAGAAUCUGGUGGCCUAGUGUUGCUUCUCCGGUGACCUAUGUGCGUCUCGCACAGAAAAGGCCUGAUAUGAUUGAUUCUUGUCUACGAGCAUGUAUUGUCGCAAAUUACGAAGCGGCAUGGGAUGAGAUUUUGCUCGGGUCAUCCGAUACCCCGAACGAUCCCAAAAUCACUCGACUUUCCAAAGUCAUCGGGUCGCAUAUCUAUGCCGAGGCUAAGGAUUCGUCAAAUCCGCACUACUUGGACGACAUAAUGUUGCUUGGAAAAGCCAGCGUGGAGAAGCUUGAAUCCGGUGUGUACUACCUGGAUGACAUGCGCACUGCGAGAUGGACCUAUUCGCCGCGCUCAACUGCCGAGAGAGUUGUGAUCAAAGAUAAACCCUUCGCGUUGACAUCGGGGGAGAGCGCCACAGAUGGACUUUCGAGAGAGCCUAGUAAUUUGGGAUUCACAAUUUUCGGCAUGGAUGCAAUUGGGCUGGAUGAUAAGAUAUGGGAUCAGAGAAGCCACGUUGAAGUCCAGGAGAUGUACGACAUUCUUGAUGCCAGAGAUCUUUCAACAUAG